AUGGAAAGUUGUGAACCCCAUAAGGCUGUGACCUAUGAUGAUAUACAUAUCAACUUCACUCAGGAAGAGUGGGAUUUGCUGGAUCCUUCCCAGAAGAAUCUCUACAAAGAUGUGAUGCUGGAGACCUACAGGAACCUCACUACUAUAGGAUACAUUUGGGAAGACAAUAACACUAAAGAACAUUGUCAAUGUUGUAGAAGACCUGCAAGGAUUGAAAGAAAUCAAACUGGAGAGAAACCCUAUGAAUGUUAUCAAUGUGGUAAGGCCUUUGGCAGGCACAGUCAUCUUCAAAGGCAUAAAAGAACACAUACUGGAGAGAAACCCUAUGAAUGUAAUCAGUGUGGUAAGGCCUUUGCUAGACACAGUGUUCUUCAAAUACAUAAAAGAACACAUACUGGGGAGAAACCCUAUGAAUGUAAUCAGUGUGGUAAGGCCUUUGCAUGUCAGGGUAAUUUUCAAAAGCAUAAAAGAACACAUACUGGAGAGAAACCCUAUGAAUGUAAUCAGUGUGGUAAGGCCUUUGCAGCUCAGGGUAAUCUUCACAAGCAUAAAAGAACACAUACUGGAGAGAAACCCUAUGAAUGUAAUCAGUGUGGUAAGGCCUUUGCUGAAAACAGUACUCUUCAAAGCCAUAAAAGAACACAUACUGGAGAGAAACCCUACAAAUGUAAUCAGUGUGGUAAAGCCUUUGCAUUUCAGAGUUGUCUUCAAAUACAUAAAAGAACACAUACUGGAGAGAAACCCUAUGAAUGUAAUCAGUGUGGUAAGGCCUUUGCACAACAUAGUCACCUUCAAUUGCAUAAAAGAACACAUACUGGAGAGAAACCCUAUGAAUGUAAUCAGUGUGGUAAGGCCUUUGCACGUCACAGUUGUCUUCAAUUGCAUGAAAGAACACAUGCUGGAGAGAAACUCUAUAAAUGUAAUCAAUGUGGGAAGGCCUUUAUUCAAAAAGGUAGUCUUCAAAGGCAUAAAAGAACACAUACUGGUGAGAAACCCUAUGAAUGUAAUCAGUGUGGUAAGGCCUUUAUUUGUCACAGUAGUCUUAAACGGCAUAAAAGAAGACAUACUGGAGAGAAACAGUAG